AUGAAUUCUGUGGCCUUGCAGAUCCUCGCUUUCGCGCUGGUGGCGCUGGUCGCAGCGGCGCGCGCCUACCCCUUCCCGUACGCGGGUCUGGAGGCGCUGGGCGGCCACGGCCUCUCGCUGGGCGGAGGCCUGGGCGGUGGGCUGGACGGCGGCCACGGCGGCGGUCACGGCGAGCACGUCAUCGACUUCCACGUGGAUGAGGAGUCUCUUGAUAGCUGUGCUGGGCUAAAGCGAACAACUAAACAAGCGGGAAGGAGUGAGGAAGCAAGAGAAGAGGCAGUAAAUUUGUUGCGAAGAGCUCAAUUUGAAGGUGGAGAAGCAGAGAGUAGUGCAAAUAAAGUGCCCCUUAUACCGAUUGAAGUUAUUUUAAGUACACCACAAAUUGAGGAAACAGUAAAUUCUGCAGAACCUGAAGUGAUACAAACAGAAAAUGGCAAUGAAACAGAGGUGUAG